UUAACAUUUAUUUGCCAAACACACUUUUAUUGGCCGGAAAUGCAAUUUGUGCUUUUUGGCCCGUCCGGCAAAAUAGAUAAAACACCACCGGAGAUCAAUUUCCGAACAACCGCUGUUCCUUCCGGCCAACCUCCGCUCGAACUUGAGUUUGUUAUCUUUAUGGCAUGCUCCUUACGAAAAGCUAUCACAGUUUGCUCUGUCUUCCGAAAAAGCUAUUCUUCCAUUGUUGCUGUCGCUUCAAAUGCCAUCAGAUUGACCUACAAUAGCACAUAUGUGCCCCAAUAUUUGGGAACAGAGUUCUCAAUUUCAUAUGAAAACUAUAAACCAGGAGGUGUGAUGUUUUCUCGACAGUUCGGUUCCAGUAGAGAGUCAGAGACAUUAUCUUGGGGAGUGUCAUCUGACGUUGUUUUGCUGGGAAAGCUUGAAAGUGCAUUGAGGAAUCACAACUUGGAAGAGGCUUGGGAAACCUACAAAGAUUUCAAACGUCUUUACGGUUUUCCUAACCCCUUUCUUGUAGAUAAGCUUCUCACUGAGUUGUCGUACUCAUCUGAUUCUAGAUGGCUUAAAAGGGCAUGCAAUAUGGUAGGAUCUAUUUUGAAAGAGAAAAGGGAGAUGCUACGCACAGAGUUAAUGACCAAGCUCUGCCUAUCGUUGGCUAGAGCACAAAUGCCCGUUCAAGCAUCAUCAAUUCUCAGACUGAUGUUGGACAAAGGAAAUCUCCCACCUAUUCACAUGCUAGGGAUGAUAAUAUUUCACAUGGCGAAGACUGAUACUGGAAUGAUUGUGUCAUCAAACAUUUUGAUUGAGAUAUAUGGUAGCUCUCAACAAUUAACCACAAAGAAAUCAACUUGCACUGAGUUAAAUAAACAUAAUACACUUCUUUUUAAUCUUGUUCUUGAUGCUUGUGCAAGAUUUGGAUCAUCCAGUAAAGGCCAUCAGAUUAUUGAGUUAAUGGCCCAAGUUGGAGUGACAGCUGAUGUUCAUACUAUUUCAAUUAUUUCCUUGAUCCAUGAGAUGAAUGGUAUGCGGGAUGAAUUAAAGAAAUUUAAGAAGCAUAUAGAUCAGGUUUCAGUUCGAUUGGUUUCCUGCAAUCAGCAAUUCUAUGAAAGUCUCUUGUGUUUACAUUUCAAGUUUAAUGAUAUUGAUGCUGCUUCUGAUCUUGUACAAGAUAUUUACGGAUUUCAAGUGUCACAUCACGAGCAGGGAAAUGAAACACAACCACCUAAACCGUGCCUUGUUGCUAUUGGCUCUGAUAAUCUGAGAACGGGAUUGAAGUUACGAAUUUUUCCUCAUUCAUUAUCAAGGGAUUCUGUUUUCACUGUGGGACGUAAUCAGGUGCUUGUUAUGUAUAAGAAUGGGAAACUUGUCCUUAGCAACAGAGCAUUGGCCAAGCUUAUUAUACAGUACAAGAGGAGUGGGAGAAUUAAUGAUCUGUCAAAGCUUCUCUGUAGUAUCCAGAAGAAGGGCUCAGUUGAAUCUAGCAGAAUGUGCUCUGAUGUGGUUGGUGCUUGCAUUUGCAUGGGUUGGCUUGAAAUUGCUCAUGAUAUUUUGGAUGAUUUGGAUUCUGAAGGAAAUCCGCUGGACGCUAGUUCAUACGUGUCUCUGUUGACUGCAUAUUGCAACAAUAAUAAGCUAAGGGAGGCAGAGGCACUACUAAAGCAAUUAAGAAAAUCAGGUGUCAUAAAUGCAUCUGAUCCAUUGUUAGCUCCUGCAUCUAUGUGUGAACUGGAAACUGAAAGCAAGAAUAAGCUGAAAGAAUUAGGCUCUUUGGUGAAAGGGGAGCUGGCUUACCAUAUUGUUGAAGAAAUGAGAGCUGAAGAAAAUGAAGCUUCUUUUAUGAUGCAUGAUUUAAAUUUUUCUAUCUACUUUUUUAUGAAGGCUCACAUGGUUGAAGAUGCCGUUAGGGCUUACCGAAAAAUGCAGGCAAUGAAGAUCCAUCCUACAGUGUCAACUUUCAUGAAUCUGCUUAACGGGUAUUCUUCUUUAGGGAUGUAUCGUGAAAUUACAAUCUUGUGGGGAGAUAUUAAAAGGAACAUGGAAAGUCGUAAGAACUUGAAUACCAGGGAUUUAUACGAGUUCUUGCUGUUGAAUUUUCUUCGAGGCGGUUAUUUUCAUAGGGUGAUGGAGGUUAUUGGUUUAAUGAAAGAAAAUGGCAUGUAUUUGGACAAGUGGAUGUAUAGACGUGAGUUCUUGAAAUAUCACAAGGGUCUUUACCUAAGAAUAAAAGUAUCUGAUGCUAAAAAUGGCGUACAAACUCAGAGGAUUGAGCAUGUGAGGCACUUUAGGAAGUGGGUUGGCCUGGAUUAAUUCUUUUAGGUAUCAAGAAAUAUUCUUCUUGCACGCUGGGGAAAGAGUCAAGACAAUAUUGAGCCAUCCUUUGCCAAAUUUUGACAGGCUUCUCUCCAUUUUUGUCUACCUGAGAUGUGCAGUACCUCUGGGGUGGGGGUCAUUGUUUCAUUGUAAAUUAUGUAUUUCACUCAAAGACAAAAAGUUCCAGGAAAGGACGUCUUUCUCUUCAGUUGUUCCAUUGGGUAUUGUAUCUAAUAGGUCAGUGCUCUUUAGCUUGUGUGGCAGAUUGUUGAAUUUGUGACUUUUGCAUCCACUCAGUGUUUGAUUUGUCAAGAAUAUUGAAGUUGGAAAUUGUAAGUAUGAAAAGAAUCCAUACUUGUAAAUAUGGGAAGGUUUGGAAUCCCUUUGAUUGAAGGAAUGACCAUGCAAUUUAUUUCCAUAUCCUCUUUCCUUUAUUUACAUGCCUAACUUACCCCUGUUGCCCUGCAGAUAACAUUUAAAGGAUUAGGAAACUGUGUUCUGAUUGGCACUCCAGAUGUGAUUUUAUGCUCCUUGUCAGUCUUGAGUAGCUCUUUGGGUCAGAAUUGAUACUCCGACAUGCGUGGAUAUUGAAAAUUAUUCAUGGCUCCAGUGUCUACUCCAAGCCUGUAGCUUUCUGUCAUGGAGUUGAAAAAAGUUGCUAAGGAGAUAUUGGACCACUAGGUAUGUUUAGCCAGAACUGGCUCUAUCUGUACAUUCUCAUCGCUAUGUUAAGAUAUUUGUACGUUUUUAGCUAAUAUUCAGUUCUCCUAGUUCUUUAUUUUCAAAGAAAGUUUCCGUAUA